AUGUCAUACCCAUACCCUCAUAGUAGUGGAGUAAACCGCGUCCGCAGCAACCAGGGUAAACUGUAUUAUGUUACCGCAACUACUAGAAACAGCACCGAACAUCUUUCCAUCAUGCCAUUCACCGUUUACCCUUCUGUUGCUGUUGCAAGCGUUUAUCCGCCACGAAACACAGAAUUCACCCUAUGUCAAGAUCGGACUUUCCACAACGCUAACAACCCCACAACUCCAUCUUUGGUCAGCACAUCUACCUCUUACCGGGAUCCAUCACUCCAAGUUCCAGCAUGGCUUAACAUUGUUGCCGGCAAAAUGCCUGACACUGUAGUCAAUGGAACGUUUCACCCUGGACCUAUCAUUUAUGGGGGUGACGUGGCCAAAUUCCUAUAUGCACAGGCAUCACUUUCAAUUCUAACUCAGGUAGAGUCAUGGGGCAAGCAAAGGAUUGAGGAGCUGUCACGAGGUAUCAUUGAGCAUCAUCUGGAUCUGACACUUCUCAGACUCCAAGUUCAUGAUGGGAUAGACACAGCUUUGGGUGCGAUCUUCAAAGAGAGUCCAGGCAGCCACGGAAGCCUGUGGGGUACGACUGCCUCCGGACACGCGUGCUGGCAGUUUGAAACAGCCUCCACUAAUGUCCUAAGGAGAAGAGAAUUCAAUACACAAGGACAUGUGACUGAUGCUUUCUUUGAGGUAGUAUGUUCACUCAAUUGGACAACUCCACUUGAACUGGGCUCAAUCAAUGACAUCAUAAGGGACACGCCAAGCCACAAUGCAGUUCAUGAAAUUUCUCCACAAUAUCCUGCAGUCCCAGGGACAGCACUCUUUCCACGCCUUCAUACACCCUCUAAUGGUGGGAGGAGGAGGAGCACUGGCUCCUCCCGGGCUAAUCCACAGACCGCUGUUGCUCCUGACGAGGGUUUAAGAGGACGUGCCAGGUCCAACUCUGGACCGGAUAGUUCCCGCUCACGACAGUCGUCGGCUUACAGAACCCGGCCUUCAGAGUUGCCCGUUUUCGAAUAUCAUUCACCUUACAAUGGAUUCCAGCGGUUCAUGGUUACUACAAGAACCGAAGAUCCGUGGGUGGUAAGAUAUGGUAACAGUAGGAGCAAUCCGCUCAGUUCGAUAAUCGUGCGCGGGGGGACCAAACCCUUCCCAGGUCACUCCAUGUCCUAUGACUUCAAUGGCGAGGUCUUGUUAAAAGUUGUAACACAGCUUUUCGUUGCUUCCAUUGAAGCACAGAGGAAACAUCACCUUUCGUUUACCCGACCUGAAGAUAGUAACCGCAUUCAAAGGUUGAAUUCCGUUUACCGGACUGACCGCGACAUGAUCAAAUGGAUCGAUACUAACGCAUCUGUAAUGCUGACAUUUUUCUUCACCAAUAUGAAACCCAUGCACCCAUGGUCUCAGACCGACAAGUACGGAAUAAUGGACUGGGAGAUUCGCAAGGCAUCAUGUUUCUUAGAGGUGAAAGAAAUUAAUGAGUAUAGGCAACCUAUCGUCCCGCAGUAUAGCUUACAUCUCCGUCUCAAUGACAGGUCCAUCAUUAUCACAAGAUAA